UUGGGGGAGCAGGGAGUGUCAGUGCCAGCAACUGCUGCUGGGGGUUUAACCAUCGUCUCCGUGAGCAGUUGACUUUACGCAACUCAGGACAAGGAAACUAAAAACUCAGUACUGCCAAAACAUACAGAGCAUUUAUACUGCAUUAAAUCAAUUGGCAAAAGCCUAUUUUACUCGCUAAAUACGUCAGAUUAUGGUGAACAGUUCCAUGUAGAUGCCAACAGUCAAGAAUUUUUUAUUAGUCUUUAUUUUAUUUCCUUUUUUUGUUUCUUUUUUUUUUUAGAUUGAUACGUUUAACUAUCAUCUCUUUUGUCUUACAUUAUCUGAGGCAAUCCUAUUAUCUAACUUUGCAUGUAGCAACUUCUCCUCUCAGAUUUGACCCACCUGGCUAAUAAGAAACAGGGAAAACCUGUUUAUGGUUGCCUAAUAAAUCUUGUAUGAAGCCUACAAUUCUGAUAAUGAAUAUACAGUAAUGACUUCCUCUGUAAUAUUUCCUUGGUAAAUGCACAGUGAUUCCCCUCAGUGUGGGUUUUUUUAUUUUGUUUUUUAAUCCUCCAACCUUCACAUGUAUUUCUGCAGGUCUCCUUUGAAAAAGAGAUCUAUGAUCUAAAUGGGACCAAUCUGGUUAAAUAAAGUUUCCAAAUGCUUCAGUUUCUUGACUGAGAUGUUCUCCUGAGUUCCCAUCUUGACAAAGGCUUUCCUGAAGAUUACUUACCUGACAACACACAAUGGCUUCCAAUAUAAUUGUGGAGCAGCAGUUUUCUCACAAAUUCACAGUGACGGUGGUUCGAGCAGAGAGCGUCACAAAGGGAGCACUGGGUGACCUGUUGGACACCCCAGAUCCAUAUGUGGAGCUGUUCAUCUCAACAGCCCCGGAGAGCAGAAAAAAGACCAAGCAUAUAGACAACAACAUCAACCCAAAAUGGAACGAGACCUUUCAGUUCAUAUUAGACCCAAACCAGAACAACGUCCUGGAGUUAACAUUAAUGGAUGCCAAUUAUGUGAUGGAUGAGACACUUGGGACCGCGACCUAUGACAUCACCAAGCUCAAAGUAGGCCAGAAAAAGAUGGAGUCGUUCCUCAUUGGCAAAGCAACCAAAGUAUACUUAGAGAUGUUGCUGGAGAUCUGUACUAAACUGGAUCUGCGGUUCAGCCAUGCCCUGUGUGACAAGGAGAAGCAGUUCAGACAGACCCGCAGAGAGAGGGUGAUGCUGGGCAUCAAGAAGCUGCUGGACAUGGAGAAGCCUCGAUUCCUCCCUAGCUCUCCAGAGGAGGUUCCAGUUAUAGCCAUUGCGGGCUCAGGAGGCGGUUUCCGUGCCAUGGUUGGCUUCUCAGGUGUGAUGAAAGCCCUGUUUGAGUCUGGGGUCCUGGAUUGUGCCACAUAUGUUGCCGGCCUUUCCGGAUCCACAUGGUACAUGUCCACUAUCUACUCCCACCCAGAGUUUCCAAAUAAGGGCCCGAAGGAUAUAAACCCAGAGCUGAUGAAUAGAGUCAGCAGUAACCCGCUGAAGCUGUUGCUGCCCCAACACAUCACCAACUACAUCCAGGCCUUGUGGGCUAAAAAGGCCUUCGGGCAGCCUGUUACCUUCACUGAUAUCUUCGGUAUGCUCAUAGGAGAGACGCUCAUACCUGCGAGGAUGGACAUCAAACUGAGUAGCAUCCAGGAGAAAAUAAACCAGGCCCAGUGUCCUCUUCCUCUCUUCACAUGUCUGCAUGUCAAGCCAGAUGUUUCUGAGCUCAUGUUUGCAGACUGGGUGGAGUUCAGCCCGUAUGAAAUUGGGAUGGCAAAGUACGGCACCUUCAUGACCCCUGACUUGUUUGGAAGCAAGUUCUUCAUGGGAACCGCUAUAAAGAGAUACGAGGAGAACCCUAUUCAUUUUCUAAUGGGUGUGUGGGGCAGCGCCUUCUCCAUCCUGUUCAACAGAGUGCUGGGAGUCAAAAACACAGUUGGAGGAAGCACCAUGGAGGAGGAAUUAGAGCAGAUCAAACCCCAGCACAUUGUCGGAGAAGACAGUCUGGACAAUGACGACGAGCCGCGUAAAGCUGGCACAGAGAACCAAGAGGCAGAAGAUGAGUACCACCGCACCGCUCAGGCUAGCUGGGCUCAUCGAAUGUUCACGUCGUUGUUCAGUGAAUCGUCCUUAUUCAACACAAGAGAGGGCCGGGCUGGGAAGGUGCAUAACUUCAUGCUGGGCCUGAACCUGAACACCAGCACCCCCUUCUCUCCGGGCAACGAGGUCCCCAGCCAAGCCCCCCCACCUGAGGAGGAGGUGGAUGCUGUCACAGACCCAGAUGAGUUUGAUCGUAUUUACGAGCCUCUGGAUGUGAAGAGCAAGAAGAUCCAUAUAGUGGAUAGCGGCCUCACCUACAACCUCCCCUACCCUCUCAUCCUGCGGCCGGAGCGCGGCGUCAACCUCAUCAUCUCCUUUGACUUUUCUGCACGACCCAGCGACUCCAGCCCCCCAUUCAAGGAGAUCCUUUUGGCAGAAAAGUGGGCUCGGAUGAACAAGCUUCCAUUCCCCAAGAUCGACCCCAAAGUCUUUGACCGCGAGGGCCUGAAGGAAUGCUACGUCUUCAAACCAAAAAAAGGAGAAAAGAACUGCCCGACUGUCAUCCACUUUGUCUUGGUCAACAUCAACUUCAGGACAUUUAAGGCACCUGGUGUACCCAGAGAGACUGAAAAGGAGAAGGACUUGGCUGACUUUGACAUCUUUGACGACCCAGAGUCACCAUUCUCCACUUUUAACUUCCAGUACUCCAACGAGGCCUUCACCCGACUCCACGACCUCAUGGAGUUCAACACUCUAAACAACCUGGAGGUGAUCAAGGAAGCCAUCAAGGACUGCAUCGUGUCCAGGAAGGAGGAUCCCUCGUGCACCACCCUUCCCUUCUCCCUCAGUGCAAUCCCCAAAAAGAAGUUUCUCAAAAGAGCUUCUCUGGCAGAACCCUUUGACUUCCUGGGGAAUAAAAACUAGUAAUCUGAUCCAAGACUUCAGAUACAGCAGACUUUUUUUUAUUGUAGAUUCAGUCUUAAAGUAAAGCAUUUUCUUUUUGGAAAAGUCUAUCAAGUUGAUCUCUUUUUGCAUAUUUUCAAUCCUCCAUUUUUCAUAAAGAACCUUAAAGUUUAUACAAGCCCUAUGAUUGCAUUCAUAUACAACACAAUGAGAAUAUUUUUCUAGCUAUGUUCGCCUGUUGGAGUUUAUUGAUCAGAGACAGCUGAUCUCCGUUUCUACCUGCUGGUUAUAAAAAAUACUUGACACUGAGAAACUAUGCUAUAUCUUACAGUAGUUUUUCAUUUGGGAAACAAAUCUCAGUUAUAUAUUUUCAUUUACUUCAUGUGAAUGUUGUACUCCAGUUGCAACAAGCCCAUUCCAUGUGGACACCUUUUGUUCUUGCUUCCGAGAGCAAAUCAUAUUUUCCAUCAUUCCUUUUACUUUUUAUGCAGUGAGCUGUGUCUAAAUUAUGCUUGGAGCUGUGUGAAUGCACUGUGCGAAGCCUCACCUGUUACUGUUUUUCAGCUGUAACUGUUUUUCAGCUGAACUCUUUCCAUAUUGACUACCAAACAUGCAAGUCAUUAGGGUUUUUUUUUUGUUCACCCAGCAGCUCGUCUUAACAUGUAAUCCUUUUUGAAAACAUAGAAGAGUAGCUGGUAACCAUUGGUUUUGUUUAAUGGCAACUCCUAAGCACGCUAAAUGCACCCCCUCUGGAUACAUCAAACAUCUCAAUGAUGCUUACCCGCCUACUGGGAGUGUCUCAUAUUAAAGCCACCAUUUUGGAAAAAACAAACUUGAAGCCAUAGAAACGGCCACGCUUCUUCUCUCCCUCACCCUUUCUCUAUAUCUCUAGGUGUGGUUAUUUUCCUGAUCAUGUUGUUUCAGCUAUAGUUUUUUUCACGGACCAUUUCCAAUCAACCCAUCCGGUGCAGGACUCUCUGAAUGCUGAAUAAGUGGAGCUUAUGUGAGGGUGGGUGGGGGUGGAAAAGGUGGCUCUCCGCGGCCCUCAGUGGAAUUUAACACACUACACCUACACCUGCAGCAGUGGAGGUCUGGAAUCUGACACACUACACCUAUACCUGCAGGGGCCCAAAGGCUGCACACAGAGCAGUGGAAUUGUACACCUAGCACUUUCUAACACAAUAUGCUCAUGUUUCAGCCCUGCUGGUUUGGAGGAUACUGAGAAAACAAUAAGAAAGUGUUUUACAUUCUGUCUGCAGCGAUUCAUGACCCCUGAAACAUGUGUUGGUUUUUUGAGCAGAGAGUUUGUGUCCAUUUCUGCAAGUUCAUGUUUCUGCAGUGAAGUCAUUAUACUUGGGGAAUUGUUUUUUUGUUUAUUUGAAACUACUCUAUUUGUCCGUUACAUAUAGAGGGCCAAAGACAUGACAACAAGGGCUGGCUUUUGUUAAGCUAUUGAAACUGAUUCUGAACCUAAAGGCUGGCGUGCGUUUUAGAGCGCAUACAUACAAACAUGGCUGAAGUAAAAAGAAAAUAAGAAGAACAAAGGGAGAAGGCCUAGCUAGGAAGGCUAGUUCUCUCCCCUUGUUUUCAGCCUGAAGGCUAAGCUAAGCUAAGCUAACCAUAUGUUAGUUCUGGCCUUAAAUGUAAAACACAGAUAUAAAAGUGCUACUGAUCAUGCUAUCUAUGUACAUUCGCAAAAAAAAGAAGCACAUUCCCCAAAUGUUGAAAGUGUUUAGACUCAAAGCAACAAAACAAGCAUUUUAUCUGUUCAAAACUCCGUGAGCUAUGUUUCACUAUUAUUUGUAGAAUCAUUUUAGAAAGCAUACACAAACUGUAACCCUUUAAUUUUUCUAAUAUAUUUUUGUCAUAUUACAUUUUUAUGUUCUUUGGACAAUGUUUACAAAAUGUGCAAGAUGCUAAAUGGUCAACUUGACAAGAUGCGUAGACAAUUACUCCUGUGAUCUUUAACUGUUAAAACUGGCAAAGCAAAACAUACAUAAUGUUUAUGUGUAUUGUAAAAAAAGGACAAUAAUAAAAGACAAUUGCAUCUUG